CGCAGCGUUUAUCAACUUCCAGGUUGAAGCCCGUUCUAGUCGUUAGUGACUGUAUAGUGAAUGAAACUAAAAACUGUUUUUUUAUCAUUAUUAAGAUGGCUGGGGAAGAGGCUUUGCGCCCUUUGAUGUUUCUUCUACUUUAUAUGCUGAUGAAGAGAAGAACCGACAUAAAUAACGCCAACGUCCAGAGACGCAAUGAAAUCCAGAGGAGAGUGCGGCACCGGCAGUAUUUUUUCCAGCGACAGAGACGAAUGCUUAUGAUGCUGAUCGCCCGCAGCAGCCGCUGCACCUGCUGCUUCCGGACCAGGGCCUGGACCAACAUCCAGAGCACAGACUGGUGGGAGAGGGUGGUGAUGAACGAGUUCCAACCCCGGGACUGGCUGGAGAAGUUCCGCAUGUCCAAGGACACCUUCUUCUUCAUCUGCAACAAGCUGAAGCCCAAACUCGCCCGGCAGGACACCCACUUCCGCCUCGCCCUGCCCCUGGAGAAGCGCGUGGCCGUGGCCCUGUGGCGGCUGGCCACCAACGUCGAGUACCGCACCAUCAGCGUCCUGUUCGGGGUGGGUCGCUCGACGGUGUGCAAGUGCGUGCGGGACGUGUGCCACGCCAUCGUGUCCCUCUUGAAGCCUCUGUACCUGCAGCAGCCCAACGAGCACGAGCUGGAGGACAUGGUGCGCCUCUUCAACACCCGCUGGGGUUUCCCUCACUGCGUGGGAGCCAUCGAUAGUCUGCACAUCUCCAUCAUCGCCCCGCCUCAGUACACAGUCGACUACUGGAACAACAAGUGCUGGCAUUCCGUGGUGCUCCAGGGGGUCGUCAACGGCUUGGGCCAGUUCUGGGACGUCUGUGCCGGCUUCCCGGGUAGCACAGAGGAUGUCACCAUCCUGCAGAACUCUACCCUCUGGGGCACUGCCAUGGAGGGCGGCCUCUUUCCGGACCCGCCCAAGGAGUUCACGGGCAAGCCGCUCAAGUUCUUCCUCCUGGGCGAUGCGGCCUAUCCCCUUCAAAGCUGGCUGCUCAAGCCCUACCCAGAGUGCAAAGACCUGACGGCCAGGCAGCUGAAGUUCAACUACAGGCUGAACCGAGCCCGCAGCGUCAUCGAGAACGCCUUCCUGCGCCUGAAGGCCCGCUGGCAGUGCCUGCACAAACGCAACGACUGCAGUCUGGACCUGGUGCCCACCAUGAUCCUUGCCUGCUGCAUCCUCCACAACGUGUGCGAGGUGCACAGCGACUCGUUCAAUGAGGACUGGCUGGAGGCCAUCAACCAGCCCGACUUCCCGCAGCCCUCGGACAUCGUGCCGACGGCCAUGGACGACCCGGAGGGCGAGGCGGUGCGCUCUCUCCUCUGUGACUACUUUGAGCGUCAGCAGGAGUGAAGUGGGUUGCGCGCUCUUCCCUCUCUGCCUUGGGGGCAUCUGAGGAUCCCCUGUUAAAACGGACGAGAAGGUGAACGACGAUUGAAAUGGAGGACAGACCCCAAACCGCUACGUUCUCAGAGUCCCGCUCCGGUUGAGUGUUCUCUUGGACAAACGCUGCCCCGGUGGUCAAUGCUGUUAAUUGAAGAUGUUAUGAAGGGGGGUGAGCGCUCCCGGGUACUCGGCAGGAUGCCAGGUCAACGCACUCUUCUCUUUUUACAUGGUAACAGAAAAGAAAUGGCCCAAUUCUGCUAACACGCCCUUGUAUUGUUGGCACAUAGUUUCAACCCAAAUGUGGCGGGAGGCUUAACAAGGCAAUGCCACAGUGGGCACCCAUGUAUAUAUAGACUGCUGAUCUGCUGGAUGCCCACUCCACCUGCUAAGAAGAGACCCCCGGACUUGAGCUGCAUGGCUAACCCAGUUUCCAGGUCAAUCGUAAAGCCAUCCUGACUGCGGGCAUUGAAGAGGGAGGCCAGUGAGUGGGCAUAGCAAAAGCUGGCAUCAGAUUUUAGCAUACUUGUUAGUUGAAUUAUUCUUGAGCCUGGGCACAAACUGAAUGCUGCUAACACAUAAACUCAAAAAAAUGGAUUGGCAUUGUUGGCACAUAUGAACUUUUUAUUUAUUCAGUUCCAGCCUAAUGUGGUGUGGGGCUUAGCAAGGGUGAUGCCACAGUGGGCACCUACACCUGCUGGAUGACCUAUUCAGCUGCAAUGAAGAGACCCCCGGACUUGACCUUGAUGGCUUAAUGGUGUCCGAGUCAAUCGUAAAGCCAUCCUGACUGCAGGCACUGGGGAGGCCAGUGACUGGGCAUAACAAAAGCUAUGGCAGUAGACGGGCAUCAGAUUUGAGCGUCAUUGUUAUUUGAGUUAUUUGUAAGCUGAAUGCGGCUACGACCAGAAUUGAAAGAAAGCAUUUGCAUUGUUGGCACCUGCGGUCUUUUUAUUUAUUGUUUCCGUUUGUCAGUUCCAUCCUAAUGUGGCGUGGGGCAUAACAAGGGCAAUGCCACAAUGGGCACCUACAAAUAUAAAUUAUAUAUAUAUCCUCUUUAAUAAAACCCCUAUGUGUGUCUA